GUUCCUUAAAAAAAUCGAUCAAAAAAUCCCCAAACCUCUAAACAGUGGAAGUGCAUGCUGAAAUGCCUCCGACGGCAGGUGAAACCUUGGCAGAAGAUGGCGGGCAGGCGUCGGGACAGCAGCGCGUCAUCAAAAUUGGCAAAACUCCUGCCGAUGGUGACAAAAAGGCUGCAAACAGGAGACUUAAAGAUGUUGAAAUUUGUGUUCCAAUAGUUUCUGGGACAAUUGCCUUUUAUCUUGGUCGAAAGGCUAGUGAAUCACAGUCGCAUAAGUGGACUGUCUAUGUACGUGGGGCAACAAAUGAGGAUCUUGGAGUGGUGAUAAAGAGAGUUGUGUUUCAUUUGCAUCCCAGUUUCAAUAGCCCUACAAGAGUGGUUGAAUCACCUCCUUUUCAGUUAUCAGAGUCUGGCUGGGGUGAAUUUGAAAUUGGAAUUAGCCUUUUCUUCCACAAUGAUGUCUGUGAGAAGCAGAUUGAUUUGUACCACAAUUUGAAGCUGUAUCCAGAAGAUGAAUCUGGCCCUCAGUCGACUAAGAAACCUGUUGUUGUGGAGUCUUACAAUGAGAUUGUUUUUCCUGAUCCUUAUGAGGCUUUCUUUGCUCGUGUGCAAAAUCAUCCAUGUGUUGUUGUUCCCCGGCUGCCAGCAGAUUUUAACUUGCUUGCUCCUGUGUCUGUUGAAAAUAUAAAUGAAAAGGGAAGAGGUGAUACCAAAGAUCAUCCGCUCAGCCAGUGGUUCAGGAAUUUUUCUGAAGCAGAUGAACUUCUAAAACUCGCAGCAGCUCGCCAGCAGGUGCAAAGUCAUAUUAUUAAGCUGAGAAGGCAAUUGAGUGUGAUUGAUGGGAUGACUCAAGCAUUGAAACCAGCCUCCAGCUAUGAAUGCCCUUGAUUGCGGUUGAUGCUUUUGAAGGUGACUCAUCAAAGUGUAAAUCGCAAUUGGAAAUCGAACCAUGACAAUGAGAUGUAAAGAUGUAAUUAAUGUAGCUCUAGCAAGUAGCGGCCCUAUUUCUAGAUCUAGUUCUAUAGUUAGUUUCCUUCACAACCUAAGUAUUAUAACUUUUUUUUUUUUUGCUAAAUCUUCUUAAGUAUUAUAACUGAUAUAUGUAUAUAUGAUCGGUCGUUGUCUAGCUUUUUGUCAAACCCAUGGAGGGUAAGGGCAUAUGAUAUGAAGCUCCUUUGUUGAAACAUUUUCCUUGACAGAAGUGUUGCUAACUGAAAAUGAAAUUCAUAGUCAAAU